AUGAACACUGAUCCAGACAAACACUGGCUAACCAAGCUGAGAGACAUAAAUCCAAUUCCCUUGAAAAUUUCUUGGAUCAAUCUCCUACCUUUCCUUCUAUGGGGAAUCUGGAUCAAUAGAAACAACAACAAUUUCAAUAACACCCACUUCUCCCCUCGUAUAAAAGACAUCUCCAACCUAGCCUCUGAAUUCCUCUUUUUCAACUCCACUGGCACAACAACUAAGGAUAAAUCCAGCAUCAACAUAAAAUGGUAUCCCCCACAACACGACUGGUACAAACUAAACACGGAUGGUGCUUUUAAACACGAAGGUAACAAAUCGGGUAUUGGGGGAGCGUUCCGUAACAAUAAAGGAAGAUGGAUAUUAGGUUAUCAGAAAAUGGACAAGGCUAUAUCACCUCUUCAUGCAGAACUUCAGGCAAUCCAUGAAGGCAUGAAAAUAGCAAUCCAAUACAACCUAUUUCCACUAGAAAUCGAAACAGACUCCACUGAUGCUAUCCAUGCACUUAAUAAUGAUCAUCUAGUUAUGGCUAAUAUUAUUCAUGCAUGCAGGUUAUUGAUGCUCCAGCGGAAGGACCUGUCCCUACGGCAUAACUUCCGGGAAGGAAACCAAGUAGCUCAUCUUUUGGCAACAGAUGCAAACAAAUUGGCAACCAUGCAAGAAGUCAGCAAAACUACAUCCAACACCACCCCAUGUUAA